AUGGAUCAGAGUAGGCGGACGAUGGAAUCGUACUCAAGCUCGCGGAUGGUGGACGGUGUCACGGCGAACUACAACAAGGUAUUCAGGUUCCUACUCUGCCUCCCCAGGGCCGGCGGCGAUGGUGUGGCAGUCUUCAGUGGGGGGGCAUCAGAUGGAGGACCACAUGUUGCAGUUCGACCUAGAGAAGGUGCUCAGGAAAAAAUACGUGCAGGAAAAAAUGGGUCCAUGUGGCUUCUAAGGAACUUUUUGGUUUUUAGAUUAAUCUCCAGGCACUAUCAAAACAGCUCCAGAUCCUCUGGCCCGCCACCGUCUCCUGUGCUGUCCUUCUUGGUGUCCUUCACCCGGAUUACCGAUCCAAAACUAGCAGAUAAGUUCUCUAACUCACUUCCCCCAAAUCCCUCCGCUGUUACAAAAGCGCAGUGCAACUGCUAUGAUUUAGGUGGUAUUGUAAAUUCCGUUGUUUCUUUAAUGUUCUGUGUGCACUACCUGUGUAUUACUACUUAA